AUGGGCGCCACACAGCAUAUUGACGAUCAGGUGGAGUGGGACCAUGUGCUCGAAAAGACACAAGUCGUGGUGGUUGACUUCUAUGCCGACUGGUGCGGUCCCUGCAAAAUGAUUGGUCCUCACUUUGAGCGCCUGGCCGAUGAGUACGCCAAGCCAAAGAAGAUGGCCUUUGUCAAGGUCAAUACGGAAAAGGGCAGCAUUGGACAGAUGUAUGGCGUUCGCAGCCUGCCAACAUUCAAGGUUCUACACAAGGGCAUCGUCGUCGAGACCGUCACCGGCGCGAACCCUGCGGCCCUGGCCGGCGCCAUCGUCAAGGCCAGCAAGCUCGUGCAAGGCGGUGGCAGCGCCGAGGUCUUUGGCAACCGUGGCCAGACCCUCGGAGGGAGCGGCAGCAGCGGAUCUGCCCUCAGCAACAUAAACUUCGAUCCCAUAUCUAUCGUUCACCACAUUAUCACUAUUAUCGGGCUCUACUUGGUGUCCUUUCUCUCGAGCGACGCAUACAGAUCCGCAAAGAAUUCAUCUUUCAACAUUGAAAAUAAGAAGAGCGAUACUCGUGUGGUGGUACGCAAUGCCAAGCAACGAUUCCGAGACACAUUGCCCAAGGGCUAUCUGAACGAGGAGGAAUAUCGCCUUUACGAAAGGCUAUACGGCCCGCCGCUACGGGAGACAACACCCGAGGAUGUUGGCAUCCCAGAGCAUGCCGACAUGGGGCGCGCGAAUCCAGAUAGCGAAGGGGUCUUGCUUCGUGAGCUCGACGGUGGCGAAUUCGAAGAAGUCAACUACGAGCUGGCAAAGCAAUCUGUCGAAGACGGCGAGAGUGUCGAUAACUUUGUGUUUGCGAAAGAGCCAGGGUACAUUGAUAUUGUUGCGCGAAGCGACAGAGAGCGCAUCGCUUUGGAGCAGCUACAGGAGGAUUUUGAAUCAGCCGCGCGAGCUCAGGAGGAAUCUGCCGACGAACUGGAGGAGCCUGACGAAGCUGAUGAUCGCAAUGGCACAGAAGGAGAGACCUCAUGGGCGACUGGAGAUUAUCCAACCUCUCAGCCAACGUCAUACGGAGAAGCUCGCCGCUUCCAUCCUUAUACACUGGAGGGCCGCUUUCACGACAACCCGGUGGAGAUUUUGCUCCCCCAGGAGCGCCUGGUAAAACCUUUACAGUCGCUUCUCGGGAGAACGCACUUGGAUCACGUCAAGGCAGCAGCAGAGUCGGCGUUUGGAGGCAGAGGUCUGCCGACAUCCCCCGUCACACCAUUUGGCCUACGAAACGGGCACAUGGGUGGAAUCGGCCUACCACCAGACUCGAGGCACAUGACAGAGAUCGAGGCAGAUGCUUUUCUGGCUGCCUAUGUUCCGGGAGCUUACGCCAGUGCCAUGUCAACGCUACGAGAAGUAAGGAAGCGAAUCGGUGGUGACUGGAUCCAAUCGCGGCUGAAGAACAACGGACCGGGCUUGAGUGUGCUGGAUGCCGGUGCAGGAGGUGCAGGCCUCGUCGCCUGGGAACAAAUUGUGCAGGCGGAAUGGGAUCUGCUUGCAGAGAAGGGAGAGGUUGAGGGUGACAAGGUCCCUGGCAAAAAGACUGUUGUCGUUGGGUCAGAUCGACUACGCGGGCGCCUAAAGACAUUCUUGGACAAUACGACAUUUCUUCCACGCUUGCCAGACUACAUGCACUCGGGUGCCAUGAAAAGCGGCCAGCACCUGGACUCCGGAGGCAGCGAGCCGCAAAAACGCAAAAGCUACGACAUCAUCAUUGCAUCGCAUUUAUUCCUCAAGGAAAAGCAGGACCACUACCGGCAGGCCGUUUUGAACAACCUCUGGACGCUUUUGAACCCGGAUGGUGGUGUGCUCAUUGUCAUGGAAAAGGCACAUCCGCGUGGUUUCGAAGCUGUUGCCCACGUACGAGACACGCUCUUGAAGCAAUUUUUACUGCCGCAAUCUGGCGAAAACCCGAUGAAUGCGGAAAACUUCAACCCUGCGUACCAGCGGGAGCUCGAGGCAGGCCGGAUCCUUGCGCCAUGCACCAACCAUGGCACAUGCCCAAUGUACCCAGAGCCAGGCAAAAGCAAAGGACGCAAGGACUACUGCCACUUUAGCCAAAGAUUCGUGCGACCUGCCUUUUAUAGCAAACUGCUGGGCAAGGAGGCACACAACCAGGGCGAAGUAGAGUUUAGCUACGUCGCAGUCCAGAAAGGCGUGCAGACAGGCGAAGAGCAGGAGAGUAAGAAGCUCACCGAGGAAGCAUUCGCCGGCUACGAAAAGGCCGAGGAGCAGCCCGACAUGCAGACGCUGCCUCGUAUCGUCCUGCCCCCGAUCAAGCGCAAAGGCCACGUCACGCUCGACACGUGCACGCCGGACGGCAGGCUGGAGCGCUGGACGGUGCCCAAGAGCUUCAGCAAGGUGGCGUACCACGACGCGCGCAAGUCGCGCUGGGGCGACCUUUGGGCGCUGGGAGCCAAGACACGCGUGCCGCGCAGCGCCCGCGCCGGCACCGGCGUCGACACGGACAAGCAGCGUGCGAUUGAGGCUAAGAAGGCGCAGCGCGAGGCGGCCCGCGAGGGCCUGGGCACCGACUGGCAGGUCAAGAGCAGGCUCGGACGCGGCAACAGUCGGACGAGGCGGCAGGAGGAUCUGAUUCGGCAGAUCAUGGAGGAGCAGCACGACGACGACAAGGAGAUUGACAGGGAGGUGGACGAGGAGCUGGCGGAGAUGGAUCGUGAAGCGGAGGACGAGCGACGAUCUAGAAGAUGA